CAUAAUAAUCUCACUCCCUCCAUGCGACAACUUGUGAUCCUUGGAUAGCCUGAUCUCCAAAACCCGAACUCCAAAGACACACUUCUGAGUUUCAUCAACAACUUCGUACUCAAUUCUUAUCUUUCUAUCUCUCUUCAUUUACUGAAUUUUCCAAAGCCAAGUCAGAAACUCACAAUUUUAUGGCUACAAUCACAAACUUUCUCUCUAGAUCACCUUCAUCCCUUUCUACCUUUCCUAAAAUCGACCCAGCAUGUUUCCAGCCAGCCUCCUUUAUUGUGUCUUCCUUCACCAAGCGCAGACCACCACCAACAAGACUAGGAAUUAGUCGCACCAAAUUUGUCACAGAGGCCACCGCCGUCCCCACUACCCGGAAAGUAGAGAGCGAUGAAAGAGUUCAGCAGGUCCACAGUAUAAAAGAAUUCGACGAAGCCCUUCGUGCCGCUAAGAACAGGCUUGUAGUGGUGGAGUACGCGGCCAGUCAUAGCUACCAAAGCAGUAGGAUUUACCCGUUCAUGGUCGAUCUGAGCCGAACGUGCAGUGAUGUUGUUUUCCUUCUCGUCAUGGGUGACGAAUCGGAAGAGACGAAGGAGCUUUGCAAGAGAGAGAAGAUCGAUAAGGUCCCACACUUCAGCUUCUACAAGAGCAUGGAGAAGAUCCAUGAAGAGGAAGGGAUCGGGCCGGACCAGCUAAUGGGGGAUGUGCUCUACUAUGGUGAUAACCACUCUGCUGUGGUGCAAUUGCAUUCCAGGGACGACGUAGAGAAGUUGAUCGGAGAACACAAGGCCGAUCAUAAGCUGAUUGUGCUCGAUGUCGGGUUGAAGCAUUGUGGGCCCUGUGUCAAGGUCUAUCCGACGGUGCUUAAGCUAUCCAGGCAGAUGGCUGACACGGUUGUCUUCGCUAGGAUGAACGGCGAUGAGAAUGAUAGCUGCAUGCAAUUCUUGAAGGACAUGGAUGUGAUUGAGGUGCCUACUUUUUUGUUCAUCAGAGAUGGUGACAUCUGUGGAAGGUACGUGGGUUCGGGUAAAGGGGAGCUUAUUGGAGAGAUUCUUAGAUACCAAGGAGUUCGGGUUACAUAAAGUUGUCUUACAAAAAUUACAAUCAGGUGCAUGAUAACUGUUGAGAUGCAACGAUAUCAUUAAUUUAUUAUAGAAAGCAAUUAAGGGCCCAUUUUGUAAUUACUCUUAAUUGUAUGGUUUAUUGUGGAAUGGAAUGCGUGAGGUGAGGAAUUAAUGGGUUAAAAAAAAAAAAAAAACUUGAAUGAAUUGCUUUAAGUUGAGUUGCUUGA